GAGGUUGAUGUAUUGAUGGAUUCCAGGAUGGCCAUACGUGUGAUUUUGUUACUAACACUUUUUACUGGGCUGUGUGUUGCUAAUUUGAAAGGAAAUCUUGCUCUUAAUGCCAGGGUGGUGCAGUCCUCCUUAGGAAACCCACAGGGAGCUGCUGAACACGCAGUAGAUGGAAACAGAGACUCAAAUUACGGGAAGGGCUCAUGCACCCUCACUAAAGCUGAGUUUAACCCAUGGUGGAGAGCUGACCUUGGAAACGUCUACAGUAUAAGCAAUGUUUCCAUCACUAAUCGUGGAGACUGUUGCAAAGAGCGAAUCAGAGGAGCUCAGAUUCGCAUUGGUAACAGUCUGGAGAACAACGGAAACAACAACGAGCUGGCUGCAACUGUUCUUACUGUUCCUAAUGGCACAGUAACGUUUACGUUUGAGCCUGUUAACGGACGAUAUGUCAACAUAUUUUUACCUGGGAACGAUGAAAUCCUUACUCUCUGUGAAGUCGAGGUGUUUGCAGGGAAUCUUGCUCUUGGAGGCAAAGCUGUUCAGUCCACUACAAACAGUGGAUUAGGAGUUGCUCAAAAUGCUAUCGAUGGUAAAAGGCAGUCAAUUCACGCGUCCGGGUCAUGCAGCGUGACUAACGGGGACAGAGACCCCUGGUGGAGAGUUGACCUGCUGGACGUCUACAGGGUAACCAGGGUUAGCAUCACUAAUCGUGGAGACUGCUGUGAAAAGAGGAUCGAGGGUGUUCAGAUCUGUAUCGGCAACAGCCUGGAGAAUAACGGCAACAAUAAUCAGCUGGUUGCGACUGUUGGACCCAUCCCACUCGGAGACACAAAAACAUUUGAGUUUAAGUCUGUUAGCGGGAGAUACGUCAACCUUAUUGUGCCUGGACGCAAUGAAUAUCUCACUCUGUGUGAAGUUGAGGUUUAUGCAGAAGAGGACAAACCAUUGUACAUUUAUGUUCCAAGGAAUCUUGCUCUUGGAGGCGAAGCGGUUCAGUCCUCCACAUACAGUAACUUAGCGGCUGCUCAAAAUGCUGUUGAUGGUAACCGGGAGUCAAUGUACGCGCUCGGGUCAUGCAGCCAUACUAACGGGGACAGAGACCCCUGGUGGAGAGUUGACCUGCUGGACGUCUACAGGGUAACCAGGGUUAGCAUCACUAAUCGUGGAGACUGCUGUGAAAAGAGGAUCGAGGGUGUUCAGAUCCGUAUCGGCAACAGCCUGGAGAAUAACGGCAACAAUAAUGAGCUGGUUGCGACUGUUGGGCCCAUCCCACUUGGAAACACACAAACAUUUGAGUUUAAGCCUGUUAGCGGGAGAUACGUCAACCUUAUUGUGCCUGGACGCAAUGAAUACCUCACUCUGUGUGAAGUUGAGGUUUAUUCAGAUUAAGUGGAACAAGAUGUCACACUUCCUGGAUUCUAUAAUCAAAAUUAAUAAAACUUAUGUU